AUGGUCCCCAAGCACCGGGUGCCCCGGGAGGUGUCCCUGGCCCCCCUGACCCCCUGGCUGCCGCAGGAGCGGCGCUCGGCCCUGCGCGACCCCUCCUCGCCCCGCAGGCGCCCCGGGGCCCGCGUGCGCCUCAACCCGCUGGUGCUGCUGCUGGAUGCGGCCCUGACCGGGGAGCUGGACGUGGUGCAGCAGGCAGUGGCUGAGGUGGGUCUCUCUCUGUUAGUAAACAGCAGCUCCCUGGUGCGCCACGGCGCCGCCAUCUUUGCCACCACCACCAGCGACGGCAGCCUGGCCGUGGAGAAGUGUGACCCGUACCGGGAGGGCUACACCGACUGCUACAACUACCUCACUG